UUUCUUUGUCAAAGUAGCCGUUACACCUUCCCCCCUUCCAACCCCUUCACAAUAAUUCAUUAAUCUCAACCCCAAGAAAUCCGUGAUUUCUACCUUCUUCUUGCAGGAGCCUUUUUUCAGUCUUCCUUCUGCAAAUUUCUUCAGCCGUCUCUUCCUACCACUUCAUAUAUAUUACUCACAUUCACCCUCUCUUUUUCCACAUUUCUGGCAGAAAAGGCAUCACCUCAUAAUCAUGUUUCGUUCAAUCAGCCCUCCUGUUCAAGAUUCCACUUUCUCAAGCCCUUUGUUUUGUUCAAGCUCACCAAGCAGCAGUGGGGGAAGCGGCAGUGAUUCAGAUGAGAGCCCGGAAUCUUCUUCCAGAUAUAAGGAGCAUCAAGAUCUCAAUUUGAUCAAGGUUUCAAGAAUGCCCAUUUCAGGUUCCCAAUCCUACAAAUCGUUGGCGGUUCUUUCAGGCCAUGUUGGUUCAGUUUCUUCCUUGGCACUCUGUGGAGAGUUCAUCUUGAGUGCUUCACAGGGCAGGGACAUCAUUGUGUGGCAGCAGCCUGAUUUGAGGCAGUUCACCAAGUUUGGGCAAGGGGAUGGUUCUGUGAAGGCCCUUAUCUCUGCUGGAAACAAGGUUUUCACAGCCCAUCAAGACAGCAGGAUUAGAGUGUGGAAGGUCUCAAGAAGCUCUGAAAAUGUGUUCAGGCUUGUUGACACUCUUCCCACUAGAAAGGACUAUUUGGGGAAGUUCAUGAAGCAAAGCAAUUACGUUCAGACCAGGCGGCAUCACAAGUGUUUGUGGAUAGAACACGCUGACAGCAUUUCUUGCUUGGCGGUCUCUAACGGGCUAAUAUACUCUGGUUCUUGGGAUAAGACACUUAAAGUGUGGAGAAUGUCUGAUUUCAAGUGUUUGGAAUCCAUUAAGGCACACGAUGACGCCAUAAAUGGGCUGGUGGCGAGCAAUGGGAUUGUGUAUUCAUCCUCUGCCGAUGGAAAGAUCAAGGCAUGGGGGAAGAAUGGCAAGAACAGCAUGCAUUCUCUUAAGGGGAUUUUAGAGGGGCAUAAGGACAUUUCAUUGAAUUCUGUGGUGGUAACUGAGGAUGGUAGAUUAGUUUAUGGAGGGGGUUCGGAUGGUUUCGUGGUCGGAUGGUUGGCAAAUAAGGAUUUGAAUAGUUGGAAGGCAGUUAUUGAGGUGAAAGCGCAUGAAUCAUCGGUAUUGUGUAUGUGCCUAAUGGGGGAGUUCUUGUGCAGUGGAUCAGCAGAUAGAAGCAUUUGUAUAUGGAAGAGGGAGAUCAAUGGAGGGCUGUUUAGGCAUAUGGUUAUCAAAGGGCAUGAAGGGCCUGUCAAGUGCUUGCAGGCUUCACAAGUAAAAGUAGGGGGUGGCUUAAUGCUAUAUAGUGGAAGUCUUGAUAAAACUAUCAGAGUUUGGUGGAUUCCCAAUUAAUCUGCUGAUGGAUAUGAUAAAUCUUCAGUGCAAGUGACACACAGAGAAUUUGAACACUUUCUUGAAUCAAGAUGUUAUUAGAUGAUGCAGUUAAUUGCAUUUUAUCUCCCAAUAAAAACACUAAUAGGCGCAAAGUCCACCUGAACAAAGAAAAGGGCACUGCAACCUCCUGACUUUCAGAAAGUACUUCUCAAAAGUUUAGAGGUCACGUUGCCCUUAUUUUUGUUCAAAGACGGUUUUUGUCUAUUAGUAUUUUGGUAGAGGAGUCUGUUGCAAUUAACCUAGAUUAUGCAGCUUUCAAACAAUUAUGGUUGAUGGUUGUCAUGUCUGUAAAUGUCUUGACAUGAUUGAGAGGUUCUUUUAAGGAUUUACAGAAGAGGAAGAGGAAGAGGAAGAGCUGAAGCAAGGCAAGGCUUCAUUUUUCCAGAGUUUGCAUCAAGAGUUUGUGUUUUGUUAAUUCAAACAUAGGUU